AUGGAGGAGGACGGGACGCAGAUUCUUGCUCAAGCAGCACUCGAUCCAAUUUCUCGACCAGACUCGACUUCGACUUCCGCAUCAAAUCUCCAACAUGGACUGCCAGGCAUCUCGGCCCUCGCUGCUGCCAACGCGGCUACAGACGCUACAGCUCAGUUAAGAGCUUCUGUCGCAGCAUCGCCCGCUAUGUAUCCUACUGCCUCUCCUGCCGCUACGAGUGGGGGAUCUGGAAGUACUAUGCCUACCUGCCACAAUUGCAGCACCUCGACAACCCCAUUAUGGCGUCGCGACGAAUUUGGCGCUGUCCUUUGCAAUGCCUGUGGCUUGUUCCUUAAGCUACAUGGCCGAGCACGCCCAAUUUCUCUCAAGACCGACGUUAUCAAGAGUCGCAACAGAGUGAAGACUAUGCGCCCUGAUUUGGCGAACAAGAAAAAGGUUAGUUCAAUGCUUUCCGAUCUUGCGCUCCUUGUUAACAUUGGCCAGAUGCAACAGCAACAGCAGCAACAAGCCGCACAAGGAUUUGGCACGACCGAUGCGAACAGUUAUGAUACCACUGGACAGGCCGCAGCCGCUGCAGCACACGCCGCGCGACAAGCGUCCCAAAACAACGCGAAUGGUCAUGAUGGAGACUCGCCUCGCACUGGCACCCCCUCGAUGUAUGCGCAUGGCCUAUCCUCCUUCAUGGUUGACGAUCCGUACCCAAGCGGCUAUGCCCAAACAGCCGAAGGUCAUACAACAUUGCCCAUGAAUGGAGAUCGCAAGAACGAUGCUUCCCAAUCGCGGGAGCAGCUUGUCGCGCAAAACGCUACCCUUAAGACACGGGUCAGCGAACUUGAAGUAAUUAUGGAAUUCUUGAGAGGUGGUUAUAAUCAAGAACAAGGGACAGUUUCUAAGGUCGAAUACGACCAGGUGGUCUCCGACCGUGAAGCAUUGAGGGAGAGCGAGGCUCAGCUACGAAAACAACUCGAGGACAGCCACCGACGCGAGAACAUUCUAAAGCGACGUCUAGAUGAUCUUGAGCUUGAGCUUCAUGGGGUCCACUCAGGCAGCCCAGGCUCUGAUGAACGACCUGCCAAGAGGCCCCGCACCACUGACGACGACGAGCCUUACAAGACCCAAUUAGAAAAAGACAUCAAGGCUGCUGCUGAUGCACUUCUUGCUUCCGAUGCCUCUAGGUCUCACGAGGUCACCGAAAAUGCCCCUGCUCAGUCGUCCGAGGCGGCACAAUCUCUGGAUGAGACAAAACAAACCGACCCUGCCCCCGAGACCGAUGAUGUUCCUAUCGACCCUGAUAUGCCCAUGAUGGACGAUGCUCAUCAAUCAGAAGCGAAAGUACAGGCCCCCGAAGAUGCUGGUGUUGAUGCCCCUGCAGCCACUGAUAGGUCAUCUGAGGCCGCGGAUGAUACAGAAGCUGCUGUAUCCGAGACCGCUGCCGCGUCCGAGACUGCAGCUACAUAA